AUGCCCAGAGGAGGAAAGAAGGCCGAGGAGCCAGAUGAAGGAAAUGCUGUAGCAUCUGGCCCCCAGGAGGGCACAAGUGGGUCCAAAGAUAAAGUGGAGGAGUUGACUGCUCUCGUGAAAGCAUUGAUCGAGAAGCAGGAUGCCAGAGAAAAGAAGCAGGAAAAAGACCAGCUUCUACAGGAGCAGCGCUGGAAGGCCAUGCAGCGGCAGUUCCAGCAGAUCCAGCAGCAGCAUAAGUCCGAGCACUCUGAGUUGUAUGUGCAAGGACAAGGAGAGCCAUCAUGUGACUAUGAUGAUGAUGGUGAAGAUGAUGGGCCAGACCCUGGCGGCUAUGGUUACAGACCGCAGAGGGAGCCCAAUUUGCCAAUCUUGAAGCCAGAGGACGACAUUGAACAUUUUUUAAUUACGUUUGAGCGGAUGGCCCAAGUUUAUCGCUGGCCAAUCGAUGAGUGGGCGGUCCGCCUUGUUCCCCUGUUGACCGGAAAAGCACGCAGCGCGUUUGUGCAAAUGGACAUUCGCCACUCCAACAACUAUGAAAAAGUGAAGGAGGCCAUCUUGGCUAAAUAUGAAAUCACAGAUGAGACCUACCGUCGCCGCUUCAGGUCCCUGAAGAUUGAGUUGGAAGAGACGCCGCGGGAGCUGUAUGUUCGACUCAAGGACUUGUUGAACCGGUGGCUGCAACCGGAAAAGAACUCUCCAAAGGACGUCUGGGAGAAGCUCAUCCUGGAGCAGUUUCUCCGCAUGGUCAGCCCAGAGCUCGAGGUCUGGAUCCGGGAGCGAGACCCUGCCAGUGCUGAGGAAGCAGCUCGUCUUGCAGAGUCCUUCCUGUCUGCCCGUAAAGGACCCAGAGCCAGCUACUUUGGACGGGAGCCCCGUUUCACCCAGCCAAGUAAGUCCUAUGGGGGUGAUCAAGGUUGUGGUCCUGUCUCCGGGGGGGUUAAAAGUAGGCCAUCUCCACCUUACCAGUCACGUGCAGCUAAAAAACCACCAAACAGGUCUCAGACACAGGAAGUCAGGUGUUACAACUGCAACAACUUAGGCCAUACACAGCAUUUCUGCCCAGCUCAAAGAUCUAAACCCUCUCUUUUGUGUUCAGUACCUAGGCCGGCCACUGUACUUGCCAUGGAGAGUAGGGGGUGCACAACACCGGUGCUGGUUAAUGGCCAAAAAGUCAAAGCACUGCUAGACUCAGGUUGUUUCCAGUCUGUUGUUCUGUCCAGUUUGGUCCCAGAGGAGAGGCACUCUAGGGAAACUAUACCACUUACCUGUAUCCACGGAGAUGAGCAUACCUACCCAACAGCUGAGGUUUACAUUACAGUAGGAGGUCAAACUUACCUGUUAAAUGUAGCCCCUAGCACAGAAUCUGCCAUACAGUGUCAUCCUGGGGAAUGACAUC